AUGAAAAACCAGCUCCGCGGGCCCCCAGUGCGGGUGCACAUGUCGACUUCGGGGGCGGCGGCGGCGGCUGGGGGCACCCGGGCGGGGUCGGAGCCCGGUGCGGGAUCUGGGUCCGGCGCAGGCAUCGGAGCGGGAGCGACGACGGGAGCGGGGGCCAUGCCCUGCAAGAGCGCCGAGUGGCUGCAGGAGGAGCUGGAGGCGCGCGGUGGCGCGUCCCUGCUGCUGCUGGAUUGCCGGCCGCACGAGCUCUUCGAAUCGUCGCACAUUGAGACGGCCAUCAACCUGGCCAUCCCGGGUCUCAUGCUGCGCCGCCUGCGCAAAGGCAACCUGCCCAUCCGCUCCAUCAUUCCCAACCAUGCCGACAAGGAGCGCUUCGCCACGCGCUGCAAGGCGGCCACCGUGCUGCUCUACGACGAGGCCACGGCUGAGUGGCAGCCCGAGCCCGGCGCCCCCGCCUCAGUUCUCGGCCUGCUCCUGCAGAAGCUACGAGACGACGGCUGCCAGGCCUACUACCUCCAAGGUGGUUUCAACAAGUUCCAGACGGAAUACUCAGAGCAUUGUGAGACUAAUGUGGACAGCUCGUCCUCCCCGAGUGGCUCGCCACCCACCUCCGUGCUGGGCCUGGGGGGCCUGCGUAUCAGUUCUGACUGCUCAGAUGGCGAGUCAGACCGAGAGCUGCCCAGCAGUGCCACUGAGUCGGAUGGCAGCCCUGUGCCAUCCAGCCAGCCAGCCUUUCCGGUCCAGAUCCUGCCCUACCUCUACCUCGGCUGUGCCAAGGACUCUACCAACCUGGAUGUACUUGGCAAGUACGGCAUCAAAUAUAUCCUCAAUGUUACACCCAACCUGCCCAACGCCUUUGAGCAUGGUGGCGAGUUCACCUACAAGCAAAUCCCCAUCUCUGACCACUGGAGCCAGAACCUCUCUCAGUUCUUCCCUGAGGCCAUCAGCUUCAUUGAUGAAGCCCGCUCCAAGAAGUGUGGUGUCUUGGUGCACUGCCUAGCAGGCAUCAGCCGUUCAGUGACAGUUACUGUAGCCUACCUGAUGCAAAAGAUGAACCUGUCCCUCAACGACGCCUAUGACUUCGUUAAGAGGAAAAAGUCUAACAUCUCGCCUAACUUCAACUUCAUGGGGCAGCUGCUGGACUUUGAGCGGACGCUGGGGCUCAGCAGCCCGUGCGACAACCACACACCCAGUGAGCAGCUCUACUUCUCCACACCCACCAACCAUAACCUGUUCCCGAUCAACACGCUCGAGUCCACGUGAGGCCUGAUGCACUGACGUGUGCAGCACCAGGGUCUCCCAGCCCUCCGCAGGGCCUGGUGGGGGGGGCCCCUAGCCUGCUGCUCCUCUGGCCUGAAGAACCCACAGAUGUCACCUGUGUCCAGAGAACCAGGCUGAACAGUGGCUGGGCUCCCAUGCCAUCCUGUGCAGGGCCCACAGCAAGGCUGCCUGUGACAGCACUUGCCAGAUGGCUUCAACUUUCCAGACAUGUUGCUGAGGUGAGCGUUGGCCUCAGCUUUCAGACUUACGGCUUGGGGGCCAGCGGGGCCUUGUCUCUGCCCCAGGACAUCCAUUCUGCUGAUGGCUCAGCCAUUCUGGCUAUUUUUAAAGACAUAUCCACAGACCUGAGUUUGCUACUUUUGGCAGGUAAAUCCAAGCUCCCUGGAGCAGAGAGUGUUCAAGCUCUUCUUGGUUUUUCUUUUCCCUCCUUUCCUUCCUUCCUUCCUUCCUUCCUUCCUUCUUUCCUUCCUUUUUUUUUUUUAACAAAAAGUGUUAUUUUUCAGGCUAAAUGCAACAACGGGUUGUAUAAACCAAUAUUUCACCCCUUUCUUAGAGAGAGAGGGAGGGAGAGAGAAAGAGAGAUGUUCUCAGUUUCUUGUUUCAAAAAGCAAAUCAUUGGUGUAUUUUGUUUCAGUGGAAAAGACAAACCCCAUGUACUUGACCAAAUGCAUUUUGCACAUGUGUAAAGUCUGUUUCCCCAGCAGGCCAUUCUUGGGGUGGGUUGAUGCUUCCCGGGCAUCAGGACCCUGGUUAUACCUGUGGCCCAGCCAGCUCAGUGCCGCAUUUGCAUGGGCCAGUUGCUAUGAGCUGAGCCUGGUGGGCACUGGUGGUCUUUGUGUUGUCUGUUCUCCUGCCAACCUUCUGGGAGUCCUGCAGACCUCUCUGCCAAGUCCUACUGGAGGUGGUGCUGCAGGGGAGUGCCAAGCCGUAGCAUUAGCCAUCUGGGUUCAGCCCCUCAGAGGGCUGGGCCCUGGCCCUUUUAUAAAUUACCCACCACUUCUGUCCUCAUCUUUGUCUCUUAACUGGGAGUAGAGGCUCACAGUGCCUGAGUAAAGCCUUCCCAGUCCCUCAUCUUUGCUGUAGAUUGCAUCUAGGUCCACUCCCAGCCCCCUUGUCCAGGUGCACACCUACCCUGGCCUGUGUUGCCCAUGCCUUUUACCUGCAGGUAACUUACACCUAUUGCGGUCCAAGAGCUGGGGCAGGUGGGGCAAGGACUGGCCAGUGGGAGUGUGAGGCCACCACCCCAGUAUCCAUAGCACAAAGCCACGGACUCCCUAACUCUCCUCUGGUUUCAUUGCUUCUCAAGCCUUGGUUCUUACCAGGCACCAUGAGGAACAGGAAGUGCUGGGGUCCUAAUGGGACCCGCACCCACAGUGGACAGUGAGUGAGGCCACAGGAACUCCACACCGCCACAUCUUACCUCACAGGGGUGGUUUUCAGGGAUUCUUUAAGGAAGCAGUUUAAAAUCUUGCCACAGUUGAGAAAUUGACCAAAAACAAAACAAAACAAACAAACAAAAAACUUCUGUUCAUGGUUUCCCUCCCCCCCCCCCCCCCGCAUCUCUCUCUCCCUCCCUCUCUCGCUCUCUCUCACUCUCUCUCAUUUCUAAAAAGAAAACCCAGAAACAUGGAUCAGAGUGUAAAUGAGGGUAUACCAGAGGGUGGGCAGUUUUGAUUUAAGAUCUUAUGAAGGAAAGUUUGUGACCCUACAUACCUAUAUAUAUACACACACACACACACACACACACACAUACAUACACAUACACACACACAAACACACACACACACACAUAUAUAUAUAUAUCCCGAGCCAGCAACGGGACUUUGUUUAUAUUGCAAAUAAAUAUUAUUUUUUCUUUAAA